CGGAGGGGGAGGAUAGAUAGAAGCGGGGCGUUUCUUGGUGGGCGGGGAAAGAUCCAUGAAGGAAAGAUGAUGUGAUUGCCAAGUGGCACAAUCAGACGCAGUUAUGAACUCGUCACGGGAAGGUAGGCUGAGGAGGGGACCGGACAGGAAGAAAUAGUUACAUCUUACUUAGGCUGAUGAAGAACGAUCCAUCGAUCGAUCGAUGAAGGGGCUGUAAGGGGGGGAGAGAGAGAGACUCAUAUAAGUAAUCACUUGCCUCGUUGAUUGAUCAAUUCACAGAACGACUGAUUGAUCAAUCUAUUGAUUUAGUCACUAGCUGAUGUAUUGAUUGAUUGAUUGAUCGGUUGAUUGAUUGGUUUCUCAGUUGGUUGGUUUGGUCAUUUGAUUAACUGAUCGAUCCAUUGAGUGGUCGAUUAAUUGUUCAAUUGAUUGAUUGAUUGGCCGAUCGAUCGAUCGAUCGAUUGAUUGAUUGAUUGAUUGAUUGAUUGAUUGAGGGCGAGAGAAUGGGUUGCUGUGGGACCAAAGAGGCGCCGGAAUCAGCGCAACGUGUGGAGAAAUGGAAGAACACGGGGAUAGUAGGGCUGAGGGAACAGAGGUUGAAAUCGUUUCCAGCCGUCCUCUUCACACUGAAGGAGGUUAGGAUUGUGGAUGCGACCAAUAACAGGAUCGCCGAUCUUCCAUCGGAGAUGGCUGGGUUCACGCAGCUGCAGCGACUUAUGAUGGGAGAGAACCAAUUAACGAAACUACCCCCUUUUAUCGGCCAGCUGACCGCCCUCAAGAUGGUAGUCCUCGACUCCAAUCAACUCGCCGCGCUUCCCGACGAGCUCUGCCAGCUGAAGAAGCUGGAGAGGUUGUCGGUGUCGAACAACUUGUUAGAGCAGCUGCCCUCCGCGAUGGGCAAUCUAACGGCCAUGAUUCAUCUUGACGUCAGCAUUAAUCGCAUCAAAUCGAUUCCCGAGUCCCUGGGCGCUUGCACCUCGAUGGAGGAGCUGAGCUUGCAGCACAACGAGCUGACGGCGCUUCCGCCGUCGCUGGCCGACCUCGGCCGCCUGAAGAUAUUUAACGUUGACGGCAACACGAUACCGGAGCUGCCUCCGCGAUUCCUGAGGGGCUGCGCGUCGCUGCACACGCUGUCCCUGCACGGGAACCCGAUCACCGUCGAGGAUCUGCAGAAGAUGGAUGGAUACGAGGAGUACGAGAAGAGGAGAAGAAGUAAGCACGAUAAACAGAUAGCGGCGAAUGUCAUCAUGGGGAAAGCCGGGAUGGAUGAUGGCGUAGAUCGGCCAGCGGCAGCAGCAGCAGCACCAGCAGCCAAAGUCGCAGCCAAAGUCGCAGCCAAGUGAUCAUCAUCCAAUCAUAUCCCGCCCCGGCCCCACCUUCCCCCGCCCCGCGCCCUCUCAGCCCCCGCUUCCACAGAAACAGGUAACAGUAAUACUUUGUAAAACGAGCGGGAGCGACUUUUAUUAUAUUUUUAUGUGUAUGUAUAUGUAUGUAUAUUUACAGACAUAGAUGAUGCAUUAUCUAUAUGGCAUGUAUGAGAUACACAUGUUUCCGCUAGAAAAUCUAUCUUUGUUAUGGAUUCCUGUACUUACGAGGGCAGUAGGAGCAGCGAGGGGGCUAGGAGCUCUGGCAAAAGUGCUAGCAUCACGUGAAACGAGAGAGAGAGAGAGAGAGAGAGAGAGAGAGAGAGAGAGAGAGAGAGAGAGAGAGAGAGAUGAAACAGGUGGCGGGGGGAGAUAGGAGUGAAAAGGCAGAGAAGAUAGAGGUAGGUGGAUUGGUAGAAAGACAGACGGAGAGGCAGGCAAGAGAGCGAAGAAAGAGAGAAGAAGAAGAGACAAAGGAGGGGAGGGAGUGGGGGGAAGGGGAGAGGGGAGGUGUGACACGGCGCUACGUGCAAUUGCGCGCGGAGUCCGACCUGGCAAGCCGUGACAACUGGUAAUGGAUGACGAGAAGAAGAAAGAUGGUUAAUUGAUGAUGUAUCGGGACUUCGUAAUCGAUCCAGGCCUGGGUCAGAAUUCGACCGGAAUGGGAGUCAGGUUCAAGUGGCAGGUAACUUGCGGGAAGAUGAGAUCGUCGUGUGUGAUGGAAGGUAGCGCGGGAGAGAGGCGAUGGCGGGAAAGAGGAGAUGGUCUGUGAGAUGGAAAGUAGCGCGAGGAAAGAGGAGGAGGAGGUGGUGUGAUGUGAUGUGAUAUGAUAUGAUAGAUCGGCGGGUGGGCAGCGGGGGCUCGAGGGGGGUCUGCGCUGGAGGUGGCCGGGUUGUUGUUGAAAGGAGGAGGAGGUUCUCUCUCUUGGAACAUUGAAAUUUUGGCGGGUAAAGAAAGUGUCCAGGGUAAGUGGAAGGGAUUGCUUAUUUUUAUCU